UAUAUUAAGGAGUGGAAUUAUAUGUAUGGUUGUGGUAUCAUCCUUAGCCUCGGGUCACUUGCAAAAUAAUGAAGCACCAGCUCUUUAUGUCAACAAGCCUUCAAUUCCUUUGCAUAAUCAAGUAUUCAUUCCUCCACCAGAACAGCAACAAUUAUUACAAGAAUGCAAAUCGUUAAUUUUGUCACGUCAACAAAAUCCAUCAGAUUUAACUAAUCAAAACCAAAUCACUUAUCUGCAAAAGUUAUCUGAAGCACUUCAACAAAAAUUUGUUACAAAUGAAGAAAUUCAGCAGAUAAGACAAAUGCUUGCUGCAAAUAGAGUAGUUGCAAUUCUUUAUGAUGCAUUGCCAUCUCAAUGUAAACAAUGUGGAAUCAGGUAUGCUAAAGAUUCUAAAAAGAUUGGUAUACACUUGGAUUGGCAUUUUAGACAAAAUCGUAAGAUGAAAGAGAAGGCAAAGAAAGCUCAAAGUAGAAGUUGUAAUAAUAACAACAAUAAUGAUCUUAUCAAUGAAUCUACUGUUGUUGUACCACUUGAUAUUGAAAAAACCAAUAAACCAUGUCCUAUUUGUAAAGAAAAAUUUCAAGUGUUUUGGAAUGAUAAUGAAGAAGAAUGGAUGUUUAGAAAUGCCGUGGAAAUUAAUGAUGGUAUUAUUUGUCAUGCUACCUGUCAUGCUGAUGCAUUAAAGCUUAAUGUUGGUGAUAAUAAAGCAUUUUGA